GGUGGAGAAAGGGGCAAAGAGUCAACAGCUGCUGGAGCUCGAGCCUUACCCCAGGUUCCCUUUCCCAGCACCAGCUUCUCCUCCCCAGCGCUGGUACCUCCUCCUCCUCGCACCUGCCCCAAGGUCUCAGGACAGAAGUGGGCGCCCUAGCCAUAGCAGCUCUGCCAAGAGGACUUGCAGUCGACUCUCAUCCCUGCAAAGGGAUGAGAAGGGGGAGGAGCAGCCAGGAAGGAGAUUGACGGGCUUUGCUGGAGCCUUUAGCUUAGACUUCACGCUGAGGAAGAGGCUUUCUUUUAAUCUAAUCACAUCCUCCCCCCAGAGGGCAAUGCCAGGAAGCUGGUGAAGGCUUUCUUCUCCUCCUCUGCCAUGGUCAACGGCGCUAAGUAUGAAGUUGCCUCCCAGCAAAGGAGGGAGGCCUCGCCUUUGGGGGAUGAGGCCAGCCCCAGGCCUGAGCAGGUAAAGCUGAAGAAGGAGAUCUCGCUGCUGAAUGGCGUGUGCCUGAUUGUGGGGAACAUGAUAGGCUCGGGCAUCUUUGUCUCCCCCAAAGGUGUGCUCAUAUACAGCGCGUCCUUCGGCCUCUCCCUGGUCAUCUGGGCUGUCGGGGGCCUCUUCUCCGUCUUCGGGGCUCUCUGUUAUGCGGAACUGGGCACCACAAUUAAGAAAUCUGGGGCGAGCUACGCCUACAUCCUCGAGGCCUUCGGGGGACUCCUUGCCUUCAUCCGGCUCUGGACCUCCCUUCUCAUCAUCGAGCCCACCAGCCAGGCCGUCAUUGCCAUCACCUUUGCCAACUACAUGGUGCAGCCCUUCUUCCCGAGCUGCUUCGCCCCCUACGCUGCCGGCCGCCUGCUGGCGGCUGCCUGUAUCUGUCUCUUAACCUUCAUUAACUGUGCCUAUGUCAAGUGGGGAACCCUGGUACAGGAUAUUUUCACCUAUGCUAAAGUAUUGGCACUGAUCGCCGUCAUCAUCGCAGGCAUUGUUAGACUUGGCCAGGGAGCCUCGAGUCACUUUGAGAAUUCCUUUGAGGGUUCGUCAUUUUCAGUGGGCGACAUUGCUCUGGCACUGUACUCGGCUCUGUUCUCCUACUCGGGCUGGGACACCCUCAACUAUGUCACCGAAGAGAUAAAAAAUCCCGAGAGGAAUCUGCCCCUCGCCAUUGGCAUUUCCAUGCCCAUUGUCACCAUCAUCUACAUCUUGACCAACGUGGCCUAUUAUACCGUGCUCGACAUGAGGGACAUCCUGGCCAGUGAUGCUGUUGCUGUGACGUUUGCAGACCAGAUUUUUGGAAUAUUCAACUGGACGAUUCCAGUGGCAGUUGCGUUAUCCUGCUUUGGUGGCCUCAAUGCCUCCAUUGUGGCUGCUUCUAGGCUUUUCUUUGUGGGCUCAAGAGAAGGCCACCUCCCUGAUACCAUCUGCAUGAUUCACGUAGAGCGGUUCACACCAGUGCCGGCUCUGCUCUUCAAUGGUCUCAUGGCGCUGAUCUACCUGUGCGUGGAGGACAUCUUCCAGCUCAUCAACUACUACAGCUUCAGCUACUGGUUCUUCGUGGGGCUCUCCAUCGUGGGUCAGCUCUACCUGCGCUGGAAGGAGCCCAACAGGCCUCGUCCUCUCAAGCUCAGCCUCUUCUUCCCCAUCGUCUUCUGCCUCUGCACCAUCUUCCUGGUGGCCGUUCCGCUCUACAGUGAUACCAUCAACUCCUUCAUUGGCGUCAGCAUCGCCCUCUCAGGCUUGCCCAUUUACUUCUUCAUCAUCAGAGUGCCAGAAAACAGACGGCCGCUUUACCUCCGCAGGAUUGUGGCAUCCAUCACAUGGUACCUCCAGGUCCUAUGUCUGUCAGUUGCUGCAGAGAUGGACCUGGAAGAUGGAGGAGAGAUGCCCAAGGAACAAGAUCCCAAGUCCAACUAAAUACCACGAGGAAUCUUGAGACGUGGAAAGCAGGGGCCUCUCAUCUCCUACUGGCUGGAGCCAGGAAGUUGAAAAGGAAAGCUCACUUCUUUGCAGGCACUUGCCCAGAAACCUCCCAGGCAGCUUCAGCAAUCUUUGAACUUGCUUUCUGAGACACAGAGUAAUUUAUUUGUUUUGCUACAUAUUGUUCCAGAUUUUUUUAAAGGGCCGAUAAAGCAAACUGUGAUGGGGAGCAUGCCAGGUGAGGGCCUGGCUGUUCAGCAGCACAUGCCCAUGUGCUAAGAUGCUCACUCACCUCCAGUGUGCUCGCCCACUCCUCUUCCACUGCAAGAGCCAGUAAUGCUCCAAAUUUCUCGUCUCCUUUAAAGAGACAUGAAACCGUCAUAGGUGCUGGAUAAUAAAAGGGUUAUGUUCCUAA